AUGGCUUCAUCGCCAUGUGAUUGUUGGACCCAUCUUUCUCACUCACUGUCUCCUCCAUCCUCUUCUUCUUCUUCUUCUUCUUCUUCAUCCUCCUCACUCCCCCAAACCCUUCCUCCUCCUCCUUCUUCUUCCUCCAUUGAACAUGUCUGGAACGACAUCAAACUCUCCUCCCUCUCCAACUCGCCCGUUCAAUUCAACCACUCUUCUUCCCAUUCUUCUCUCCUCACCCUCUCUUCCUCUCCCACCCCUCUCUUUCACAAACACAGCCACCACUCUCUUCUCCCUCUCUCUAACACUUCUUUCCCCUCCGACCAAACCACACACCACCAAGAUCAACGACAUGCGCGCAUCAUGAAGAAUCGAGAAUCAGCGGUUCGGUCCAGAGCCAGAAAACAGGCACGCUUGGAAGUUGAAAUUGCUCGUUUGAGGGAAGAAAAUUCUAAACUAAGAAAACAAUUGAAAGAGGCAUGGCAACCCACCGGUUUGUACCGUGACGAGUCUCUAUCUCUCGACUACCGCGACAAGAAUUCUAUGCGAGGUUGUUGCUUUGGCGGGAACAUCGUUUCAACGUUGUUUAUACGGAGUCGUUCUCACAAAUUGUCUUGCAUUGUGUCUUGUCAAUUUAUGGUUGAAAUUACAAUUGGAUUUCAUCCAAUCGUACCAAAGUAA